UGAGACUCACAAUCGUACACAGUCGAUGAUGUUGCAGUUCUGGACAACCAUCUUCGAUACCCAAUAGCUAAUAGCUGAUAGUGCCAAUUACACAUAGUCACAAGCUACGGAACUCGCGAACUCACACGCAUUGGGGGCGAUAGUGUACUCAUCAUACCUAUACGCGAUCCGCAGAAGGAAAGCGAUAGUGCAGCCGCUACCGAAACAAUGAGUUGUUUCGGCUCCACCUCUUUACGCCUUAUACCGGCACAGUCUUGCUUUCGAGGGUCAUAUCGAUGUCCAAAUCGGCUGAAACUACGGCCGUUUCGAAGUCAUUCGACAUCCACGUCGGCUCUGCCGUUGACGUAUUUCACGGCCCACACCAAUCGUUUGACGGAUCCAAUGGAUGGCAAUUUAUCAGGCAGUAUCCUGCCAGGCGUAUCGACAAGAUGGAAAGGGAAAGGCCGAGCACAUGACGGUGUCAGAGAGUCAGAAAGCGUCGAUGAGAUGGGAUUCCGAGCGGCAGCCAGGCCUCCCAGGUCGACCCUAGAACACCUGCCCGGCAUGGCUAGUCUGUCGAUACCACCCCCACCACCGUAUCACACGGCCGAUCGAUCACUUUAUAAACCGGUCGCAAAGCUGAACCCACGGCGGCUCGUCGCAAUAUACAAACAGCUAGCCAAGCACAACCUGUCCGUCCUGGUGACCCUGACGGGGACGACAGGGCUGGCCCUCUCCCCCUUGCCCCUGUCGGUACCGCUGCUCCUAUCUCUCACGACGGGAACGUAUCUGGUCAGCGCCGCCGCGAAUACGUAUAAUCAGAUCCUUGAAUCGCCUAUGGACGCCCAAACCCCACGAACGCGAAAUAGACCGUUAGUCGUCCGAGCCAUCUCGCCGGUCCAUGCGUUCCUCUUUGCGGUCUCGUGCACCGUGAUCGGAACGACGGUGCUGUAUUUCGGCUGCAACGGCACUACAGCCGCGUUGGGCGUGGGCAAUCUGGUGCUAUACUCUGCCAUCUACACGCCAUUGAAGCGUUUCACGAUCCUGAACACAUGGGUCGGAUCGAUUGUUGGAGGGCUGCCGCCUUUGAUGGGCUGGGCUGCCACCGGUGCGGGAUUAGGGUUCUCGAGAGAGAUGCCGAUGCAGAUCUGGUGGCCGGCCUGGUUCGGGAAGAUGAUGGGUUGGCAAGACGAAUCGCAUAGUAACGAGGAUGGGUACUGGGUGUACCCGCAGGAUGCCUAUGUGCUCGAGUCUGGAUUUGCGGACAAGAGGACGAGCGGCAAGGAUCACGUCAAGCCGAUCACCUCUGACGCCACCGGGUCGACACUCCUCACCACGCCCAACCCCCUGACAGCCUACAUGCUCUUCCUCUUCCUCUUCUCAUGGCAGUUCCCGCAUUUCAAUUCGCUCUCCCACCUCAUCCGGAAAUCAUACGCCUUGGGUGGGUAUCGCAUGUUGAGCGCCAUCGAUCCACGCAAGAACGCAUUAGUGUCGCUUCGGCAUACUUUGCUUUUGCUCUUCCCCGUCUGCUCGGUGUUACCGCCCGUCACCGGGGCUGUAACAUGGGCGUUUUUGGCCACGUCAUUGCCUGCCAAUCUGGUAUUCACCUACCGAGCGAUCAACUUCAUGAGGUUCCGCAACGAAAAGACAGCAAGAAAGCUCUUUUUCGUUAGCUUGUGGUGGCUGCCUGCUCAGCUGGGUUUGAUGAUGAUACACAAGAGAAGUGGCGUCUGGAACGAUUGGAAAUGGUGGCGGGAACAACUUGGGUACGGGGAGAACAAUGUGGUAGCUGUACAACAGAGCGAUGUAGCACAGAGCUGAGCUCGGUCGCCUUGAUCAUAUACAACUUGCACCCACAUCUGAUACAACAUCGUGAGUGUGGCUUCCACAAUCACCAGUGCGUCACGGAUGAAGAAAGACGACCAGCUGUUGAAGUUGCCGAGGAUGAGCUAGAGAUUUGCAUGCUGCGCCUCUAUGCCGGACUCA